AUGGUCAAUUUUCGGCUCUUGCUAGGCGCGACGAUUCCCGGAAAGCUCAAGACCUUCAACUACGAAGUCGGCUGCACAUGGGCUUGGUGUUUGACAGAGCAUCCAAAAAUCAUGGCAAGCUUACAACUUCAUCACGACACACUGGAAAGUUUAGGCCUCAGUCACGAAUACUACUACCCUUAUGAGAUGGGUGACGAGUCUGAUAAACCUUCGCCUUGCUCUUUUACUCCCUUCGUCGCUAUUAAACGUCUCAAGGUCGCGCCAGUGUACGUCUGGGGCCACCUUGGCUUCACCGACAAGGCAAGAUUAAAGAGCUUGGAGGCGGAAGAGAUGCUAUGGAAAGCGCUCCCCAGGAACCUGGAGCAACUCUAG